GUUGAUUAUUGUUGACUUAACACUUUCCUAGACUGAAAACAAUUCUCUGUUAAUAUGAUACAGAUGUUAGUUUAGCCUGAAGAUCCUCUUAAUUAAUCACUAAAAAAGAUGGAGAAUAUGAAUCAGGACGAAAUCGAGGAUAUGACACCAGUAAAAAUGGGUUCAAUGCAGAUUGCAGGAAGCAAUGGCUUUGGUCAUAACAUAGACUUCAUGUCUCAAACCUAUCUCAGAAACAGAACUCCAGAAAUCAUCAUUGAAGAUGAUUCUUCUCCUUCAGUGGACCGCCCUCUCUCGAUAUUUCUCAAGUUUGAAGAUGUACAAUACAAGGUGAGAUACAAUCAGGGAUCAACAGGAAAUGCAGUAAAAGCAGUGGUAACCAAAAUGGCUUCACAACUCAAUACAGAACAUGACAAUUACAAGCACAUAUUGAUGGGAAUAACAGGAAGUAUUGGCCCUGGUGAAAUCCUAGCUCUUAUGGGUCCUUCUGGUAGUGGUAAGACCACUUUACUUAAAAUCAUUGGGGGUCGACUUCAGGAAAAUGUCAGAGGGAGUAUAACUUAUAACAAUAUUCCUUACAGUGCUGUUCUUAAGAGGAGAAUUGGGUUUGUGACCCAGGAUGAUGUGCUGUUUCCACAGCUGACUGUUGAAGAAACUUUGGUUUUUGCUGCAUAUUUGAGGCUUCCUAGUAACAUGAGCAAGAAACAGAAGUACCAAAGGGUUGAAAUGAUUAUCAAAGAACUAGGCCUUGAAAGAUGCCGUCACACUAGAGUUGGAGGAGGGUUAGUAAGAGGAAUAUCAGGAGGUGAAAGAAAACGAACAAGCAUAGGUCACGAGAUUCUAGUCGAUCCUUCUUUGUUAUUGCUCGAUGAACCAACUUCAGGACUUGAUUCAACAUCUGCCAAUAGGCUAGUUCAAAUUCUUCAAGGCCUUGCUAAGGCAGGAAGGACAAUAAUCACAACGAUACACCAGCCAUCGAGUAGGAUGUUUCAUAUGUUUGACAAAAUUCUACUUCUAUCAGAAGGAUAUCCUGUAUAUUAUGGAAAAGCAUGGGAAACAAUGGACUACUUCUCGUCUUUAAGGUUCGCUCCUGAAAUACCAAUGAAUCCUGCAGAGUUCUUGCUCGAUCUUGCUACCGGACAAGUAAAUGACAUUAGUGUUCCUGAUGAUGUGAAGAAGGAUAAUGGCACCCCUGCCUCUGACAAAGCUGUUCUGAAAUACAUACAACUCAAGUACAAAUUGUUACUGGAGCCGAAAGAAAAGGAAGAAAAUCAUCGAUUGUCAAACAUACCAGAACACCUUUGUAUAGCUAUCCAAGUUAAAAAGGACUGGUCUAUGACUUGGUUUGAUCAGUUCUGUAUAUUGUUUAAAAGGACAUUCAAAGAGAGAAGGAGGGAUUACUUUGAUAAAUUGAGAUUACUACAAGCACUUGGAGUAGCUCUUUUGUUAGGCCUUCUUUGGUGGAAAUCGAAGAGUGACACUGAGGCUCAGCUCAGAGAUCAGGUUGGUUUGAUGUUCUACAUUUGCAUAUUUUGGACAUCCUCGUCAAUAUUUGGAGCAGUAUAUGUAUUCCCUUUUGAGAAGAUAUACUUGGUGAAGGAAAGAAAAGCAGACAUGUACAGGCUAAGUGUGUACUAUGUUUGUAGCACAUUGAGUGAUAUGUUGGCUCAUAUACUCUACCCCACUUGUUUCAUGGCCAUUGUUUACUUCAUGGCUGGAUUCAAAAGAACCGUUGAGUGUUUUUUCCUAACCCUUUUCGCCAUACUGCUUAUCGCGUUUACUAGCCAAGGUGCUGGAGAACUUUUCGGAGCAGCAGUUUUGAGUAUUAAAAGAUCAGGAAUGAUUGCUUCAUUGAUACUAAUGUUGUUUCUUCUCACUGGAGGCUAUUAUGUUCAGCAUAUUCCAUUGUUCAUGAGAUGGUUGAAGUACAUAUCGUUUAUGUGGUACGGAUUUAGACUACUUUUGAAGGUGCAAUAUUCAGGAGACCAACUAUAUGAGUGUGAAAGCAGAGGAGGAUGCAGACCUCUGCAAAGCUCCCCUUCUUUUGAUACAGUCAACUUAAAUGGUGGAUUGCAAGAAGUUUGGGUUCUUCUAGCCAUGGCUGUUGGAUAUAGGCUACUCGCCUACAUUAGCCUUCGCAGAAGAAUCAAUUCUUGCCAUCUUUGAAACUUUGAUCAUCUGGAUUUGCUACCAUAUUUUCCAUUAUUUUUUCUUAAGAACAGAAUGAAGAUUACUUAGCAAACAAUUGACAUGAUCAUUCAUCAGUGAUUCAGUGUAUUGUUAUAUUUGUGUGGCCACACUUCUUUUUGUUAUAGAAAAAACCUCCUUUUUGUUUCUUA